GAGGCUUACGUAUGACUUCGCCCGUGCAAAAAGGGACUCUGAUACACCACGCUGAUCUUGCCAUCACCACGUCUGGUUGGCCGCCCACCUUCACUGCCCACUUCAAUUCCUUCAUUUCACUUCGCUUCGACAACAUGGCCUCUUGCUUUCUGUAAAGAUUUUAUUUUCUUUUGUGUUUCUUUUCGACUUAACACCCCAGCAUUGCCAGAAUCAUUCCGAAACCACCGUAUCUUCGAUCUCUUAAUUCAAUUUCCACCACGGCGUCCUUAUCCGUUCUUUUGCUCCUAAGGCCUACGGUGCCUCUAAUCCGAUUUCCUAGUCUCUCGACUUGAGAGGGAAAAUUCCUUAGGAAAAGACAAUGGGAGUUUUUAGUGUGUUGAGACGUCGCUGGCAACGUCUUGCGGUUGCCUCUGUUGCCUUUGUUCUGAUUGCAUUUUCCAUUCUGUCCCACCGAGGGGACGAAUUAUUCGCGCAACAACAUUACCCUGCAGCGCAACACGAAUUUUCGAGCGAUACUCCUUUAAUAUGGAAGCAUAUAAAUAGUUCGACUGUUAGAGGUGGAGCAUUCUAUAUCCCCCCGGAAUGGCUCUCACCGUCGACCCCCAGACCAACCACUAUGAUUGAAGCGGCGCGUCUCGUAUCCCAAUUGACCAAUAUUAAGAAUACUACCCACCUUAUAGACAAUACGGAAAUACCCCUGGUUGCACACCAGACUUGGAAAAAUACCCACGUCGACACCUGGCCAGACUUAAUCCGCAACAGCGUUGAGAGAUGGAUGCAGACAGUGAUGGACACACCCAUGGCUUACUUUCUCUGGAACGAUGAUGGAAUCAUGGAGUUUUUGGAGGAGUACGAGCCUGAGUUCAUCGACCAUUUCAGUGCCCUGCCACGGAUGGUGGAGAAAUCGGACAUUUUCCGAAUCUUGGUCUGCAAGUACAUUGGCGGCGUUUACGGAGAUGUUGACACUCGUCCAAUACGGUCGCCGGCGACCUGGAUCGAAAAGUCCGACUUGAAACCUUGGCGCGACAAUGCGACAAACAUCUUGUACAACUCAACCAAACCUGUCAGGGCAAUUUUUGGCAUAGAAGCGGAUUGUCCCCCAGAUACCGAUACCUACUGGCGAAUGGGAUAUACCAAUCCCGUUCAAUUGACCCAAUGGGCAUUAGCGUCUUCCCCUGGUCACCCCGCCCUGACGUGGUUUAUGCAAAAACUAUACAGUAUAAUAGACGAGGUUGCCAGCCACCAUGGCGGUAAUCUAACGACGCCGCAAGCAUACGAAGAGCUUGAUUAUCUGGAACCCUUGAUCUUUACGGGCCCUGACGCUAUCACAGUCUCGUUACGGAGUUGGCUCGAGGAUCGCAUAGGACUUCGAUGGAAUGCGCUGACUGGUCUUCAUGACGGGGGCAAGAGCAAAUUAGCGGAUGAUAUCAUGAUUCUACCUAUAACUGGAUUCAGUCCCGGACGCGGUGUAUACGGCAACAUGGGCUCGAAACCAAUCACCCACCACGACGCACGCCUUCAACACCUUGCUCAGGGCUCAUGGAAAGGCUUUGAUCUUCGCGUCGAAUUCGGCAAAGUAUGCCGCACCUUUUUCGGCCUCUGCAGGGACUGGCCCAAGUCAUAACUCAUCACAAAAUGCAAAAAGAAGGAUUAAAAAAAAAAAACAAUUUGCAUUUAGCCACAGAACCGAGGAGUAAACGAAAAGGUAAAACUUCGCAUCGUAUAUAUUCUAUUCUUCCAGUUUUUCUUUUUUUUUCCUCUUCUUAUCGGUUUCAGGUUUUGGGAGUUGAUUGAUUACCAACUACAUCGCGUCCGCGUUUCAUAACGGCCAAUUGAGCAUACAUGGUGAUGCCCAUCUUCUUUUAUUGUUGUAUUUUAUACCCUUGUGCAUGUAGCAUAGAAUACAGUUGUUUUAAUUUUUGGUUUUAUAUAGCUCGAGAAGACACUUGGAAUACAUGGAAGAAUACUUCUCAGUCUUGAGAUAUUAUACAUUACAUCCUCCUUAAAUCAUUAAACCACAUAUACCGACUUAGACUCGAAUACAGAACCCGAUUCCACGAAGACUCUGACGCAUGCUUCCUCAACGCCUCUUGGGCUUUGACAUGUCGACUCCAGCUAGUAACUAUCAACGCCUUGUCGCCGUAAACAUCUCCAUCCUUGGGCGGUGGUAUAGCAAUCUUCCCGUCCAAGGAAGUCUGAUACCCCUCCGGCACGGACAGGAACAUGGCCUGGAGAAUGCGGAAAGU